UUAAAUUUCACAACAAUCAUUUGCACUAAUCGUAUAAUUAGUACAUCACAUCAAAUAUCUCCACUCUUUCUCUUCAAAAUGAUUGCUAGGUUUGUUAUUCCUAUACUCUCUCUAAUGGUGCUGCUAAGCAGCAUCUCUAGUGAAGCACAACUCUCAGCGACGUUCUACGACGCUACAUGCCCCAAUGCACCCAAAAUCAUCCGCAACUCCAUCCGCCGCGCUAUUUCGGCCGAGCGGCGGAUGGCGGCGUCUCUCAUCCGCCUCCACUUCCACGACUGCUUUGUUCAGGGCUGCGAUGCUUCAAUCUUGCUGGACGAGACCUCCACCAUCCAGUCUGAGAAGACGGCAUUUCCCAACGUAAAUUCCGCCAGAGGAUACGAGGUUAUCGAGGCCGCCAAGCGCGAGGUCGAGCGCGCUUGCCCCGGCGUCGUCUCUUGCGCUGACGUGCUCACCUUAGCCGCACGCGACGCCUCUGCUGCUGUUGGUGGUCCAUCAUGGAGCGUGAAACUGGGAAGAAGAGAUUCCACCACCGCUAGCCGUGACGUGGCCAACACCGAUCUCCCGAGUCCGUUUUCCGGCCUUCAAGUUCUUAUUGACGCUUUCGACAAAAAGGGUCUUAAUGCAAGAGACAUGGUUGCUCUAUCUGGAGCGCAUACAUUAGGUCAAUCCCAAUGCUUCUUGUUCCGUGGAAGAAUAUACAGCAACGGUACUGACAUUGAUGCCGGCUUUGCUAGUACCAGGAGGCGGGGCUGCCCCCAGACCGGCGGCGACAGCAACUUGGCGGCGCUGGAUUUGGUGACGCCGAAUUCAUUCGACAACAACUACUUCAGGAAUUUGGUGCAGAGGAAGGGACUGUUGCAGUCGGAUCAAGUUCUCUUCUCCGGAUCAACGGCCUCCAUCGUGUCUCAGUACAGUGGAAAUCCGAGAACUUUCGCUGCCGAUUUUGCGACUGCAAUGAUCAAGAUGUCGGAGAUUGAACCAACUGUCGGACAGAAUGGAAUCAUAAGAAGGGUUUGCAGCGCAAUCAACUGAUAACUCAUCUCUCUCUUAGUAUUUGUUUUUAUUGUAUGCAUGCACAUUGCAAUGCAUGCAGUCGCCAAUAUAUUUCCCAAGUGUUGUUUCACAAUGAAUAUCUUCUUUUUCGCUAGCUCUAGCAUAUCAUGUGAUUUUGUAAUAUAAUUUAUAGGAGUACCACCAAUCAAUGAAUUAUUCGUUUUCAUUAA